GUUAUCACCGUGAUCUUUUCAUGCCUUCUGCCAUUUGCACUGGGAGAGGUUUGUUUUAAUUAUUUUUAUUAUUAUAAUGAUAAUUAUUUUUUGCAUCUCUAUUCGUCGAGUUCCUCUAAUUAAACUAUAAAAAUCAGUCUUGUUAAUUAAACUUAAAAGGCUCUUUAAAGCCUGGUUAAUUUCAUAUGUCGGAAAAAAUCCCAGACGAUAGGAGAUUUUACUUUUUGUCGACCACCAUAGAUUUUAACGAUAUAUAACUUAAUGGCUAGAAGUCUGUCCCAGAUUAUCCCGAUAUUGGGAUAAUUGGCGGUGUUGCAGUGAUAUGGGGCAUCCCCAUUCCCAAAACCUUGGUGACAUGGUCAUCCCCUUCUCAAAUUACCUUAGCGAUUUCGGUCAGGGUUAGGGUUAGAGUUACAUGGAAUGCCCAGAUCAGUAGGGUUUUGGGAAUGGGGAUGCCCAAAACGCGGGGAUGCGCAUAUCAUGCACUGUGACAGGUGGAAAUUGAAAGUGCGAUAGGGUGACUGGAACCAAAAUAUUUAAAAUAGCAGCAAGUCCACAGCAACAAAUCAAUGAGUGGUGCCGGAUCUCCCAGUUGUAGACCUGGAUCAGUGCAAUUGAACUUGUAGAAAAAUAUGAAACGGCAAACUGAUCCUUACGGCAAGGCGAUGAAGAAGUAAACAGUUUUCUCCCCGACCAUCCCAGACGAUCGGCGAUGUCUACGAUUUCGAGUUUUCAUUAUUCGGAAAAUCUGGGACGUUCGGGAAAUAGUAAAAUCCCCGCACGUCUGGAUUUUCCCGACAUAUGAAAAUCAGGCUUAAAAUUAGGCUGUUACAAAGAAAUGUUCGGAAAAAAUUCCAAGCCACCAGUGGGAAUCGUGCAGUUCGACCUUCCAGAUAACGGUAGGACGUUCUAGCUAAUAAGCUUUUUGAAGAACCCGUAAAGUUAGAAGAAUCAUCACACUUGGGGAAGUUGUAUAUGCAUGCCAAUUAACUGAUUAAGUUAAGAUGAAACGGCAGCCGUAUGUAAUACAAAAAACAAAGGAUUCUCUUCAUUCUUCCUUGGAUCACUCAACCGGAAGGACGUUUAAAUUUAUUUCUCCCUUUAAUAGUGUUUCUGGUUGUAAAAUAAUUGAAAGGAACUUCUCUUUAUCAAGGGGUAUCCGACAUUCUUUUGACUUUACGAUAUCUUCCAAAAAGGCGUAUUAUAUACCUAAAUGACUUGAAGCAAGAGAGAUUACUGAGAAGCGAAGUUUCUUGUAACGGUAACUGUUACAGAUCUUUCGAUGAGUCCACCGCACUCGUGAUAGAGAUAAAAUGAGGUAAAAAUUUAAAUAAUACAGAUUUUUUCAAAUAUUUAGGUUUCUCGGUAUACAAUGGCAGUGGAAGAAAAGGGAACCAGAUUUUUGGAGAAAAUCGAUUUCGAUGAAGAAAACAACGUGGCAGUUUUUCGGGUUCCUGCUCGCAACAAUGUAAAUGGCGCCGAUUUCUACCACGACUUUAAUCUGGUGAGUUUUUGCACCCUUUUAAUUCGUAAGAUAUGAAAGACAUGGAGAAUUGUCAUGUAUUCGUAGAGGAAGCUCUGAAAUAAAGGUAUCUCUUGAUGGGUGGCUGAAUUCACUUAGCCUGCGUAGUUUCGAUGUUUAAUUUUGGUUUCCCUAGGUGAGAAACCAAAACAUCGAAACUUGCUAAAAUGGCGUUUAUAGGGCCAGAAACUGUAAGAUGAGGUAUGUAAACUUUAAAGGCUGUUUAUGUGCAUUUUAACCUUUUUAUCGAUCUUACGAUAAAUUCCCAUACAAAUCCCUACAAUUUGAGUACCGGUAGGCUGUUGUGAGUCUGGAUGCCCUGUGGCGUAGCAGGCGCUUGGAAGUUAAGGACGCAAGAAAGAACGAGGUGUGCGAGGGAGCCAAGCGUGUCUCCGUAGCGCGCCCCGUUCGCGCAUGCGCCUGCUGCAUAGGCUAGCAGCCACCUACUAAGCACACACCAAAUUAUUAGAGGAAUUAGUGAUAAAGAAAAUGAAUCGAUCAGGAAAUGGGUGUCUCAGGAAGGACCGAAACCUUUAUUGAAUGGUAGGGGCAACGAAAUUUUUUUUUCCCGUAAGGAUAUUAAUUCCUUGAAAAAGAACAAGCUCUUAUAGUAAUUAUGUGAUGCCUCUGUUUGCUCUUUACCGUCCAAAUGAAAACUUGUUACAGGGGCACCCAACGACUGUUUUCUUUGAACAUCUGUUUGGAGAAGCAAAUAUUGCCAAGAAUUUUCUAUUACUUGAGGACGGCUAAAAAUUUCUAAAUGACAGUUCCAUUCAUAUGCAAUUUUCGAAGCUUAUUUAAUAAAUUCCCUACGACUUUUUGAAUUUUAAUUUUUCACAUUUCACUGCCCAGGUUAGGCUAUUUUUCAUACAAAAAAGUGAGCCAAAAAUUUUCAGAUUCAAAAAUGUGAUGUAGAGAGGAAUCCGAAAAAUUCUCACUUUCGUAUAGUAACAACUUAAAAUUGCCUCUAAAAUUUUCGAAAAAAUAAUAUUGAAGCCCUUGUAAUUUCGAAAAGACUCAAGUUGCCCUAGGAUGACUGAACAGGUAGAAAUUUUAUAGCGCCACUUAGAAUGCAAUUCUACAGAUCUAAACGUACUCUUGAUAGCCUAAAAAGUGUUUCAAUGUAUUUAGGAGGAAGCCGUCGUUAGGUGCCACGCCCGAUUGUUAGUUCUUGCGCACAAAUUGUUUAACAAUAUUUCUUUUUAAUUGCAGCGCAUUACUAUAAGGAGGAUCCCGAGAAAACAAGUCUGCUAUAUUUCUGAAAUGAGUCCAUCCGUAAAAUCUAUAAGAAAACUUAAGAAGGACCUUACGCGGGUAAAUAUAAUUUUUAUUAAUUCUGAGAAUAAUUUAGGGUCCGGUGCAGACAACUAGAAAAACCGAGGAAGAUUUAUCUCGCUAUAUGACAAAGUCUGCACAAAGAAAUCAAAACUCACAUGUUCAUAAAAUUCAGUGGGUAGGGAAAGCAGGGGUAAACGCGGGUAACAGCAUUUAUUUGAUAACACACUGAAUUAUUUUAAACCGGGAAUAAGAGUUUAUCAAGAAAACUCUAUAGCAAGAGAGAAUUUGCUGCAAUUAGUGUUAAAUUUUGCUAGACUUCGUAUCACAUUUUCAUAUCUUUAGUGUUUUACUUACUCUUUUCGUCAGUUCACCACUGCACGCAGCAUGAUGUAUAUUUUAGUGAUAGAUAAAAACAAUUUAGCUCAGUGAGCCUUUAACAAUAUAUUUAAAAAGGUCUAUUUAGAAAAGAGCUUAAAUGCUGCCUACUGAUUAUAAGCACAAAAUUAAAACAAAGACGCGGAAACGGUGACAAUCCAAAUGUUCUGUGUUCACGGCAUUGCAGGUGGUUUCCUUUUCCCCACCUAAGGAACUCCCGGUCGAAACAAGGUCGGAUGUGGUUAUGGUUACUGGACUUGUUAAUCGAGGUCUUCUCUCACAAGAGAUUUUGGACUUCUGUGGGGUAUUGCCGAUCUAUUAUACAAAACGAUACACCCUGGAACCUACUCAUGACUCGAACAAUGGAACUGCAAGUAAGAGGCUAGAUUUGUAGGGCUAUCCGUUAAUUAGUGCAGGCCAUUUCUUAGAUUUGUAACAGAACUUAUCUAAGAACUUAAAUUACUGAGAAAAAAAUUGGAAUUGGAGAGUUACGCUGUCAAUGGUAAAUAGUAAAACGGGCACAUAUGACAGAGAUUUUUCCGCGGGUUCGUGACAAAUUCGAAACAUUUUGGGAUAUAUAACGCAUUCGUUCGGCCGUUUACACGCAGAAGGGUAAAUCCGAAAUGAAAACGUUCCGCUUUGGUCAAGAGAUUGUGAACCCUGAAGUUAAAUUGACGGAAUAUUUUAAAAAGCCAGAGAACGUUCUCCGAAUAACUGAUAUGUGUAAACGCCUACGAAUUGUAAUCAGUUUGCAAACACCGAUGAAUACAGAUAAAGCUACUAGUGUAAACCUAGCCUUCGUUUCCUAAAUCACCGUUGUCCACCGUUAGAACCCAUUUCCCAAAAGAUUUGAAAAUUACAAGUUUACUCUGGAAAGUCACAUUUGUAGUGAAAAAACAAGGCCAAGUAGAGAUACAAUAUCUAUCUUUCGCAAUUGUAUCCGGAAGUUGUUUCAGUAGUCAGCAAUCAAACUGUACUGAAUGAUCCAUGCAUGCAGUGAACGCCUGAUAGAGUUCCUCUUAAUAAUGAUAAAAGUAAAUAAAAUAAAUAAUAAAUAAAUAAUGGAUUUGGACGUAGGACAUCCACAAAGCAGGCCAGGCCAGGGGGGUUGUGGGAUACAAAUUUUGGUCAUGGGUAAGAUCAAAACUGUUGAUUUUACCAAACCGUCGAAAAAGUUAAAGUAAAAUAGAUCCUUAAGUAAUUGUAGAGCGUGCGAGUGACUCAAACAAUUCAAUUAAAGUCAUAAUGGCCGCACCAUAACAGGCGAAUGUUCGUAUUAAGAGAGGAUAAAGGGGACAGAGAAGGUAUCCCCCAUACACACCCUAUAUAGGUAAUUCGUCUCGAGUUAAUAUUUUUAGAAUCAGGAUAAACUUACCUCGCGCGCUGUGUGGAUGUUUCGUGGAGGUUUCGCAUGACUAAACGCCGUGCAAAACAUGUCGGGCGAGAGGCAAUGAAAGCGUGAAGAGAUCGAGAGCAUUUCUGAACAUUGAAGCGAAAUGAGUCGGCGCUCACCUGGGAAAUGGGAAUCGCUGGACUCUUUGACAACCCGUGAAAUCAGUUUAACUCGAAGUUGUCGUAACCUCAGUGCUUUAAUAGAAUGAGACAUUUCGCCGGUCUAUUGAAACCGGUCGUUUGUACAAUAUAGCAAGUAGGAUGCCAAGUGUUAUUUUUGUUGAAUAAUAAAAGACUAAUAAAAGAAUAAAUAUCAAACCAGAAAUUGCUCUCUUCAAACUGUAAAUUAUAAGUGAUCCUGAGAGAAUAUUCCAUGUGUUAAUGAUUUCCCUGUUGUACUGUUAGCUCUAUACAAGAGAGGAAGGGCGAUUCUUUUUUAAUUUCCGUUUCGCUGACACAGCUUUAGCAGAAAUCUCUCUUUAGUCGUUUUCCUCGACAAAACGAAUAGCAAUAUCGCUCUCCGCGUCUUCCGCCAUUCUUUUUCAGCGUCAAUUCGUGAAGGACGCGUGGCUCUGAGCGUGGGUAGGCCUUUGCAGAUUCUGCUCGGCAACUUUUUAGCAACUUUUAGGAUUUUGAGCAACUUUUUUGUCAGAGAGCAACUUCUAGCAACUUUUCGGAAAACUAGCACUUUUUUGGUAACUUUUGGGCUAUUUUUAACCAAAAUGCUGAAUAACCCCCUUUUUUAAAAAUAAACAAGUUAAAAUUCUCUUGGUUAAAAUUCUAAACAUCUUUCUACUAAAACUACUUUUUUUUUUAUUUUUAUUUAUUUUAUUUUAUUUUUUUUAAAUGGUUUCUCCUUCUUCCAAGUGAAAAUGUUCACUGGAAGUGUAAGUGUGCUGCUCACUAGUACAUCAUUAAAAAUUAAAAAUUAAAAUAAAAUAAAAUUAGACAUGCUGUCUUAAAAAUAUUCGAGCAACUUUACAAAAUUUUUGAGCUACUUUUUGGCAUACUUCUUAGCAACUUUUUAGCUUUUUCUUAGCAGAAUCUGGAAAGGCCUAAGGGCGGGUCAUCCACGCGGAAGACAUUCGCACUAUGUGAUUGGCUGUUGUCUAAUCCCCCUCGCGAUCUGUGGUCUUAAAAAUAACUCGACACGAAUUACCUAAGGAAUAGGGUGUGUAUGGGGGAUGCCUUCUCUGUCCCCUUUAUCCUCUCUUGUCGUAUGUAUGCAAAAAUGACUUCAGACGAUUUAGGCACGCGAGGAAGGAAAAGGCUAUAAUUGUUUUAAACUUACCACACCCCAUUAAAUCCGCUGCACUCUUUUCUUUUUAAUGAGAAUGUUGUUUUUCCGGCCCAGGCUGAACAUUUUUAUCUUAUUUUCUGCCUAUUUUUAGGCUAAAAAUGUCCUUGUAAUAUUCUUAUAUUUUAGAUUAUCAGAUUUCCGUUUUAGAAUGUAUUGGGAUAUCAAUUACAAUUAGUGCAGAUUUCUUUGUUUUGCUGGCUUAUUUUGCUGUUAGAGAAACGAAUAAUUUCAUCAUUGUAUUAAGAGAGAUUGAGCUCUCUUGAUUGUAUCAACAGAGUCAACCCACAAAAUUAUAUCCUUUUCAAAGUCUCAUGAUCAGCAUCAGGUUUAUUAUUAAAAUACUCUUAAAAUUUGGCUAAUUUUAGCCUCCAUAUUCUUAUAAUUAAAAAUAUAUUCUUGAUAUAUAAAAAAAAAACACGAAGUGUAGUGCACGAGCUAACCUUUUCCUCGCACACUUUGAUUCCUCCUUUCCUUCCUUUCCACUGCCCCUUAUUCUGCUUAUUAUUAAAAUGCCUGCCACGCGGUUUCCUGAACAAAGCUAAAGGCAAAGUUGACUUUAAGGACGAUAGAAAAUGUAUGUUGCGGCAAAGGAAAUAGGAUGAGUGUGUGACUUCAUUUUUAAAUUAUGAAUUUUAAAAUUAUUUUGCAGCCAUCCGAAUGAGAUAUCAAAGGAGAGAUGAGAGAGAGACAACAAUAGAUGUAACCAAGAAAACUUUGAAACUGUGCCCCGCCGAAGAAUAUGAUCAAUUGAACUAUAUACAAGAUUGCAUGAUGAGUAAGCACUGGGAUCUUAGAUGCAAAAUGGAACCGAGAUCCCUAGACUGCUACUACUUCGUAACAUGUGAGAAAAAACCAAAUCACAUAGCUAAAGGACAUGAAUGGGAAUGCAUCAAUGUCCACAAGAGUUCCGAGAAUCCUAUCUGUUGCGAUUUUAUCUGCCCACCCUGA